AAAAAGCGAAGCGAACAGAGAUUAUCGUCAGUGGCAGCUUUCACUUUCCCAGCAACAAGCGAUCAGUAUUUUCCGCAGUGGGUCAAGAAGAAUUAUUUAGUUCCAACAUGACUGGCCUUGUUUUCGUGUUUCUCCUUGUUGCUGUCUCGGCUCAAUUCCUCCCCAUCCAUCAGGGAGACUACGAGACGACCGUCAGCGGCUAUAGGUUUCAGUAUCAUGAUGAAUUUCACCUACUGAUGAUCAUGCACAGUCUGGACUGUUAUAUCGCUGAUGUCCCAGCCGGCUCCGACCUUGAGAAGACGCUCAGUAACGUCAUCUCCCGGAAAGCCUUCUAUGCUAAAGUCAUCCCUAUUAUCGAGGCCGGGAAAGACAUGACACUCACAGCGCUGGACAAGGUGCACUCCAAGUAUAGCGACAUGCUACUGAGGGCGCUCUGCUUUAGGAGCGAACUCUAUAACCUUGACGUGGGAAGCAUUGCCUGAACUGUCAACAACAUAAUAGUCACUAUGUCUCCCUUUGUUACAAGUUUUGAUAAAAUCAUUUAAUUAUUAAAA